AUCUCCUAACUAUGACGUCUGGAAGGCUGGAAUCAUGGCUUGCUCAUAAUAUUUAACACACCCACUGAAAGCUGGAGCUGCAGAGCUACUAGUCCAACCAGUCCCCAGAAUUCAGUGUAGCUGAAAGAGGUUUUCACUCUGCACCUGCCAAAGAUCUCUCCCCUUCCCUCUCUCCCCCCCUCCCUUUCCUUUCUCUUUCUCUCUCUCUAAACGGCAGAUCUGUAAGACCCAGCAGAGAUCAAAGACGGGACCUCUUUGCUAAAAGGAACCUCUGCUGAUUUAUAUUAGUUUCUUCCCUCUAAUCUCUCCCCCCUCCCUUUUUUUUUUCCUGUGCCAUAUUUAACCUUUAUGUUGCAGUUGUGCCAUCAGACAGUUUUGCAGCCAAAAAAAAAAUCAACCCAAGCCAAACCAAAAGCCCAGCUCGGAUACAGCAGCCACACAGACUUGAUCUCAGUUGAACAUACUAAUCUCUCCCAAGCACUGGACGCGAUGGAUGAAGAAACUGGAACCGCUCUAAGAAAAUCAUUUUCCAGCCAAUGUUCUUAAACAGUCUCAGAGAAGAGAAGGAGCGAGAGCGAGCGGGAGAGCGCUUCUGCUGCAUCACUGGUCACAUUCAGAGGAUCGGAGCCAGCGUUUCCAGCACAGCCAAAUAUUAUGGAUGAUUUUUUUUCUUCUGCCGCCUUUCCGUACAGGUUUUAUUAAUAUUAUUCUUUCCCCCUCCCCGUCUUUUUUAUUUAAUCAGCGCUAGUGUCAGAUGCUGGUUUCCGGUCAAGAACCAGUUUUUCCCUAUUUGUCGCGAUCCCUGUAAUAAAGAGAGAAAUCGUGAACAGAUGGCUUUAGAUAUUGCAGCGCCGCUGGCUUUGUUUUCCUGUUGAUUUUAAAGGCUCGGUCCGGUGCUCUUUUUUUCUUUUUCUUUUCCUUUUUCGUGUGUUUUUCCCCGUUUUUUCCCCCCCCACCCCCCUCCUAAGUUCUUGAUGACACUGAGAAAUGAGGACCUAUUGUUUUUAGCCUGCUUAUUGCUCGGCGCCUAUGGAGAUAACUUUACUGACUUGAUCGCCCGCUUCCCGAUCCGCGAGGAGGCCGCCCGAGGCGCGGGGGGGAGCGGCCGACCCCCGCCCGCCGCGGCUCGCUCCGCCGAAGCGCUCCCCUCCCCGCCUCCCCCGGUAAUUCCCGGGCCGCCCCGGCCAUGAAAAUGCUCCUGGUCCGCAAGUUCCGGGUGCUGAUCCUCAUGGUGUUCCUCGUCGCCUGCACCAUGCACAUCAUGAUCGACCUGCUGCCGCGGCUGGAGCGGCGCGGCGCCGAGGGCCGCCCCGGCUGCUCCUGCCCGCCGCCCGCCGCCGCGCCGCCCCGCGCCGCCCCGCGCUGGCCCGGCAAGCACACGCUGCGGAUCCUGCAGGACUUCAGCGCCGAGCCGGGCUCCAACCUCUCCUCGCAGUCGCGGGAGGCGGCGGAGCGGGCGGCGGGCGGCGGCGGCGCGGCGGCGGCGGCGGCGGCGGGGCGGGCGCGGCGGCUCAUCGGCCCCGGGGCUCCGCGCCCGCCGCCCCCCGCCGCCGCCGCGCCGCUGGCCGCCCUCUUCCAGCACCCGCUCUACCGCGCCGCCCUGCCCCCGCUGGCCGACGCCGACGUCCUCUUCAAUGUCAACAGCGACAUCAGGUUCAACCCCAAGGCGGCCGAGCAGCCCGAGUGGCAAAACGAAGAUAAUGAAGAAUUUUUGCCAACUGGAGAAACCUCCAUAGACUCCUACCCAAACUGGUUAAAAUUCCACAUUGGCAUUAAUCGGUACGAGUUGUAUUCCAGACAUAAUCCUGCAAUUGAGGCUUUACUACAAGACCUGGUCUCCCAAAAGAUAACCAGUGUUGCAAUGAAAUCAGGAGGCACCCAACUGAAGCUGAUCAUGACAUUCCAGAAUUAUGGACAAGCACUGUUUAAACCCAUGAAACAAACCAGAGAACAAGAAACCCCGCCUGACUUUUUUUAUUUCUCAGACUAUGAAAGACAUAAUGCAGAAAUAGCAGCAUUUCAUUUGGACAGGAUCCUGGAUUUCCGUCGUGUCCCCCCUGUUGCAGGCAGACUGGUUAACAUGACCAGAGAAAUAAGAGAUGUAACUCGUGACAAGAAACUGUGGAAAACAUUUUUCAUCUCACCAGCUAACAACAUCUGCUUCUACGGUGAAUGUUCAUACUACUGCUCAACUGAGCAUGCCCUGUGUGGGAAACCAGAUCAGAUUGAAGGGUCUCUAGCUGCUUUCCUACCUGAUUUGUCUUUAGCUAAAAGGAAAACCUGGAGAAAUCCUUGGAGACGGUCCUAUCACAAGCGCAAGAAAGCAGAAUGGGAAGUUGAUCCAGAUUAUUGUGAAGAGGUUAAACAAACACCCCCAUAUGACAGUGGGACCAGAAUCCUCGAUAUAAUGGAUAUGACAAUUUUUGAUUUCCUAAUGGGUAACAUGGAUAGACAUCACUACGAAACCUUUGAAAAGUUUGGAAAUGAAACAUUUAUUAUCCACUUAGAUAAUGGAAGAGGGUUUGGAAAAUAUUCCCACGAUGAACUUUCCAUAUUGGUGCCUUUAAACCAGUGCUGCAGAAUAAGGAAGUCUACCUAUCUGCGAUUACAGUUGUUAGCCAAGGAGGAGUACAAACUCAGUCUCUUGAUGAAGGAGUCUUUGCUAAAGGAUAAAGUAGCGCCCAUUCUCUACCAGCCUCACUUGGAGGCCAUGGACAGGCGGCUACGGAUUGUUCUCAAGGCUGUUAGCGACUGUAUAGAAAAGGAUGGUUACGACAACGUGGUUGAAAAUGACUUUAACACUGAUGUUGACACUGUUACGACUGAGAGGUAGUGAAAUCGUGAAACCGCAAGACUACAUUUUUACCAGCCAAGUAAAGAAGAUUCAAAAAGGAAAAAAAAAAAGUCUUGCAAAAGACUGUGUAUGCCACUUUGUGAAUUCAGUGAAUUCAGAAAUGAGAUAUAAUUGUUCCCACAGUAGGUAAAGUGUAGACUCUGCAAAGGAUUAGUUCAUUAAGAAAAAUAAGUCUAAUGUGAUGCUUUUCGUUAGUACCUAAAAGAGAUUAUGAAAAGAUUCAGAAAAUACUCAGAUCACUGACAGACAACAGUCUGAUAGCAAACCACCUCCUGUCCUUUUUGUAUAGAAAGGAGGCCUUUACUUAAUAUUUUGUAUUUAUAUAUGGUAUAUCUAUGAAAUCCAGACCUACCUACCAAAUUUAACUAAAGAGGGACAGCAUAGUUUUGUGACUCACACUUUAUUUAUGGUGACAGUCAACUUAGUAUUUUGUGUUAACCCUUUAAGUGCUCUAAUUCAUUGUAUCUUAUUUAAAUUGAAUGCUUUUUUUUCCAGCUACUCAGCAUUUAAAGGGUUAAGGCAUUACAAACUUUUAAAGGCUAAUAAUAAUAAUAAUAAUAAUAAAUACAGUGGUUACCAGAAGGGAAUUUCACUAAUUGUUCAUUGACAGGAAUACUUGAAUGUUGGUUUUACAAAGUGAUGUAAAAUGACAAGUUGUAUUAUUUAUCCAUAAGGAGUAGCAGCUCUUAUCUUUCUAGACUAUCAUAGCUGAGCUGCUACUUUUCAACUUUGCUUUUGAUAGUUUUGUGUAAAUAUAUACAUAUAUGGGUAAAAAGCUGCUUUCAGCAGCUCUAGGCUUACUUUUGCAGCAUUUUUGUGGAAUUGUUUGCAACGUGGUAAAAGUGCAAUAAAGAUAUGGCAAAAUGUGUA